AUGGAUGAAAAUAAUUCAUUUCCUAUUUUAUCUCAAAAUGGUAUCGAAGAAGAAGAAGAAGAAGAUGACGAUGAUGAUUCAAUGACAUCUCAACAACUUUUUCAACGUCUUCAACAAGCAUGGUUAAAUGAAAAAUAUUCUCCUGUAUUGCUCAAACAUGAAAAUCUUCUUGUUCUAGCAACAUUUGAAUUACUGGAUGAUAUAGAAAAACGUUUAAAAUCAAGUGAACAUAAAACAACAUCGUUUCGUUGGUUAAUGCAUCGUACAGAAUAUAAUCGCCUCUACUUUAUAUUAUGUUCAUAUAUACGAACACGUUGUUUUAAAAUUGAAGAAUAUCCAGCAGCAGCAUUAAAUUCAGAAGAACUUUUAUCACCUGAAGAAUGUGUUUAUGCACAUACAUAUUUAAAUAAUAUGAAACAUCAUUUAAAGAAAACUGUACUAACAGAAUUAAAAUCUGAACAACAGCAAACCGAUGAGAAUGCAUUAGUGCAACUUUUGCCUAAACCAAAUUUAAAUGAAUUUGUAUUUUUUCAAGCUGAUAAAUCAGUGAAUGGAUUAGUUUUAACAAGUGAAUCAAAUAACACCGGUGCUCCAAAUGAUGUUCUUGAUAUAAAAAGUGAUGAUCAAUAUAUUAUGCAAUUUAAACAUAUACAUAAACUUAUAGUAGAAAAAGAAAUUCAUCUUGUCUAG